UGUCGAUCAGAGAAUGCUGCAUGUUCGUCAUCUAGCUAUGUCGCACAUUUGCUUUCACAAAUAAAAAAAACCCCAUUAGAAAACCUAGAACGGUUCUUCGAUUUAUAAUUAAAAGCCAGUUUUGGGGAUAGGGCUAGUUUAGGGAUAAGCCUCGCCUUAUUUCUCCAUUUUCGUCGUUGUUUCUCCGAUCAGCUUCUUCUCGGCGUCACGGCUAAGGAGGAAAAAAAUGACUCAAACUCCACCACCACCGCCAGAUGAUGUUGAGUUGAGAAGUAUUAUGAUGGAGAGACUUUCACUUGCUGUCGCCAGAGGCGGAUUGGAGAUGGAGGAGAAGCUGAAGAACCACUUUGUUGGCGUAAAUAGUCCAUACGUCAGCUUUCUGUUUCCGUCAGGUCCUGACCACUCUCUGUACAAACAGAAAAUUGCUGAAUACACCAAGUCUCCUCCUCAUCCUCCUCCUACUCUCCUCCCACCACGCCAAGGUCUCGGAGGCGGUUUUAGGGGCUUAACGGAGGUUGUGGCUCUUACCUUCCAAGGUAUUGCGUUUACAGUUGGAAUCCCUCCAGGCAUGACGCUCAAGGAGCUUGGUAUUAUGAAGUUCGUGGCCCACUUUGUGGUGCGGUAUGGGGAUGAGUUCCAGCGUGCUCUGCGUUCGACUGAUAAUUCUCAGUUCAAGUUUCUACUUAAGGGAGAUAAAAGGUCCGAGUUGUUCUCUGGUCUUUGUUGUGGGUAUGGUUUUCUAAUAAAGACUUGGAGUCCGGCUCGUUUGGAUGCUCUUCUUGAAGGUUUCAACACUUGUUUCACUGCUUUCAAGAAAAAGCUAGAUGAUGAUGGGGAGGAAGACGAGACAGUGAACAAGGUUGAGACUGAUAGGCGUGAUUUUGUAGUUUGUGAUGAGUAUUUUGUUGACCUCGAGAACAAAUACUUGCCACCAAUGGAAUCUCCAAUGGCCAUGAUGGGUGAUAUCGAUAUACAUGAUUCUCAUUCUCAUGGUCUUAUAUUCAUGGUGCCACCAAACCCUAUUUUUUUUAGAGUUGUAAUCCCUGAAAGAGGCAUGAUGCGCAAGGAGCUUGGAAUUAUUAAGUUCACAGCCAUGUUUGUGAUGCGGUUUGGGGACGAGUUUUUGGAUGCUCUGCGGGAGAGAGUUUGUGAACCAGAGUUUGAUUUUAUGAAGAGCAAUCCUGGAAAUGAUAUAGGAAGGUAUAAGCUUUUCUCUGAGCUUCUUCUUGCGUAUGGUAAUGUAAUCAAGCGUUGGGACAUGAGGCCGAAAACGGGUUUCCAGCCAGCUCGCAUGGAAGCUGUUCUUGAAGGGUUUUUCACUGCUUUAAAUGCUUUCAAGAAAAAGCAUGAGGAUGAAGAGGACGAGGUUGUGGACACGGUAGUGACUGAUAGGCGUGAUUUUGUGGUUAGCCAAGAGUAUUUUCAGUAUUUUCUUGAGGUGGAGGAGUCUACUCCUCUACCUGAAAGGCCUACGCCGCGUCCGCGUCAAACGGGAUCGUCCGCGUCUCGAUCUGGUUUUUUUGGACCUCCACUGGGGGUCCUGUUGCAACGAUCUCUUGUACUAGAGAAUCCCGAGCCAAGGACGAUGAUGCAACCAACUCCACAGUCUCGAGUUUUGCUCAUUAUUAAACAAUGCUGCAUUCUCAAUUCUCACCCAUCACCAAAAAGUAACAAAGCUCACUCGUUUCCUUGCUACAAAAGGUUGAAAAAUCAUACUAUCUUGGUUAAAUCAAGUCCGGUUUAAUCUUGGUUUGCAAGCGGUUAAGAAUUGGGUAUCUCUGUGCGCCAAAGUUAAGAAGGAACUAAAGAAGAGAAUAAGUUGAGCUGAGCUGGCCAAUUUUUACGCGCCUGGAUUACAAUUUAUAAAUAAUGAGCUAUCAUGGCCUCGACAAUUCAAGGUCAUUGGUUUACAUAACAACUUAAACUGUUAGGAACACAAAUAACAUGUUAAAAAAUUCUCAGUUCAAGAAUCUGCACCGUUUUAAAAAAAAAAAAAAAAAAAAGGUGAAGUUGUGAGUUGGCGGGUGAUGUUUGUUGAUGUAU